GGAACACAAAAGAGGGGAAGGGAUGGGCGGCCUUGGUUGUGGCUCUCAGCAGCCCUGGGCGUGGUCGACCGUCUGCGCCGCCGGUUGACUCAACUUGGCGGCACAGCAUCUCCAUGGCCAACCGCCGGCCGCCAGCCGCCAGCCCGGCCAAGCCCACCCAGCCCAUGACAUAUAACAGCUUCAAUCUCAUUCAUCUCACUCGUAGCUUGGCUCCUCCUGUUUCUUCAACCACCUAGGUGCCUAGGUCGUCCACCGAGACCACACUCCCACAUGCCCUCUUCAAGCACCACCUCCACUCAUUCCAGCGACAUGGCCGACGACAAGAAGGCCUCGGCCACUGUUGCUGCUGACGCCACCCCCGCCAAAGGCCCUAGCAAGUCAUUCCCCAGGCGCGCAGCCUCCAACUUACGCUCCCUCUUCUGCCUCCCAAACCACUCCCAGCUCAGCCUGCAUUCCAAUGACGGGUCCCGAAACGGCUCCAACCACCACAAGGACAAAGACGACAAGCCAGAGGACCAGACCAUGAAAGCAGAGUUCAAGCACCUCGACAGGAAGUUCGACGACGAGGACCAGCCCUACUUUGUCGAGAGGAAGAAGGAGGACAUUGAAAAGGGCGAGAAGAAGGACUGGUGGCAGCUGUUUGCCUUCUGUGUUGUUCGUCGGUACGACUCUGACGGCGACCUCGACGAGACGUACCUAUACGUCAACCCUCAGCCCCUACGCCAACUGCUGAAAGACGUGAUUGGCAAUUACCCAGCCGACCCUAUAGAUGUCGACGAUGUCCAGAUCGAAGCUCCUUACCACUCCCUGUUUCACUACAGAAAACAGCUGGAGGACGUUGGUAUUGCACGCUUCAAGGAGAGCGGAGACACCCAAUCCCUCCAACAGCUUACGCUGCUCCUUGGAUGGAUCAAGACCACCUUUGAGCUCGAGAUAGCGGCCUAUGAGAAGUGCAUGUCGAGCGAUCUCAAGGCCAUCGCCUACGACAAGCUCUGGACAAUUUUCAUGCCGGGUACGAUUGUUCAUGCCCAGGUUCAAAAGCAGCAUAGGGCCUUCCGCGUGGUGGAUUACUGGUACGACGAUGAUGAGGAGGAGAAUCCCGGUCUGAACCUCAAGACCAACUUUGUCGAUUACGACGGCGAGAAACUGGGCGUCCGAAGAUCGGAUCUGUUUAUCCCAAAGUACGGCGGCAUCCGUGACAUUAGGGAUCAAGAGGUGAAGCCUCUGGACCUGCUUGAGGAUGCGCACUUGGUCAAAAAGACGCUCAUUGCGCGUGGCAAGAAGUUUGAGGAAUACGCCGUUGGCCAGCACUUCCUUCAGUAUGCCGGACUUGGCCUCAAGAGGGACCCGCAAUGUCCACGCAAUUAUCUCAAAUUCGACGCAACGGGCCGAGUGAUGGUUGAUGUUAAAACCUAUCACAGGCUGGACGCAAACGACUCGAUCUGGGUCAAUGGCUUCGAGAAGGAUCAUGAGGAGGGCAAACUAAAAGACGAGGACCGCCUCCUUGCGAACGCAAUGUGCAGAGGCUACUCCAUGAACGCCAAGAAGUUCCUUGAGCUCUCUAUCGACAACCUGACCGAGAUCCACUGGAAUAAGACCAGCUUCGAGGAUCUGGUUCUGGAUGCUUCUACAAAGAAGACGGUCCAGGCUUUAGUAUCGACGCACUCCCAGAGGCGCGAGUCCCCCGACGGGGAAACCCAAGAUGGCUUUGAUGACAUUGUCAAAGGGAAGGGGAAGGGUCUUGUCUGCGUGCUGCAUGGUCCACCUGGAGUCGGCAAGACCCUGACGGCAGAAUGCGUUGCCGAGUACGUCCAGCGCCCCCUCUUUAUGGUCUCGUCUGGAGACCUGGGGGUUACGAGCGAGCAACUCGAACUUCAGUUGUCCGAGGUUAUGGACAUGAGCUCCACCUGGAGGGCGGUCUUGUUGAUUGACGAGGCAGACGUGUUCCUUGAGCAGCGGGCUUUGCACGAUCUGCACAGGAACGCAAUGGUGAGCGUGUUUUUGCGAGUGCUUGAGUACUACGCUGGUAUCAUCUUCUUGACGACCAACCGCGUGUCAACCUUCGAUGACGCUUUCAAGAGCCGUAUCCACAUACCCAUCAGAUAUACAGAUCUGGAUAUCACAUCACGUCGGAAGAUCUGGCAGAAUUUCUGCAAAAAGGUCCCAGGUGGAGUGGAGAUCUCGGAGAAAGAAUAUGAGACGCUGGCGGAACAUGAAUUGAAUGGCCGGCAAAUCAAGAACGUUGUCAAGGCAGCGGAGAGCCUGGCAGCGUUCGACAAGGUCAAGCUUGACUUCAAGCAGCUACAGCAAGUGACCAAGAUUCAGGCUAGGUUUGAGAAGGAUUUGGAGAGCUUUGGGGAAAUAGAUUACACGGCGCCUGGAUCGGCCAAGAAGCAUGCACAGAGUAGACACUUCUACAUGUAACGAGAUGUUUGUGUACAUCAGUUAGAAUAGAGUACGUUAUGGGGUUCCCGGACACCCCUAGUAACCGGACAGACCAAUCAAACAUCAUAAUCACUAACAAUAUCAACAAAUGCGAGAAA